AUGCGAAACGAUGUGCAAUCCCUCAAACCCGAAUUCCCCGCCAACGACAAGCAAGUCGUCCCCUUCACCACCUCAAUUAAAACAUUACGCGCCGCCAAGUCCAUCGUCGCCCCACCCCCAAACACCAACCCCACCGCCGGCACAACUCUCCCGAUCUCCUCCGAACCCCCGACAAAACAAGCAUCAAGUAUCGAAAAACUCCCCGCCGAUUUAAACCUCUUCAAUAUAACCCUCACCAGCUCCUCCCUCAGCGCCGCCCUCGAAAUCGUCGUCCCCGAGUCAAUAAUCGUGGGCACGCCAAAAUCAGAGGCCGGCAGGCCUAGCAGCCUGCCGGCCACCGUCACUCCCGAAAGCUUCACAAAGUAUAGCGUCGGGUCCCUCUCGUCGGACACCAACGGCGUGAACUUAAAGCCUCCGCUCCCGAUUCUCCCCAGCGGCGUAGCCGUCGGGAGGCAGUACGCGAAUCCCGACCCGUAUUUUCCCGAGAGCUGCGACAGCAAGGAGAGCUCGUUUUUCGCGAGCCCGAUUAGCCCGGACGAGCGCCCGAAAAGCCCGUCGUUGUCUUGCCCGCACCCGAACACGAACCCGGCUAGCGACGAGUCGGGACCAAACGUGAGCCGGUCGCGGCUCAGAAACCCGAUCGAGAACGAUUGGUCGCCGUAG